AUGACGGAGUGGACACUCCUCAAACGUCUCCUGGACGCCGUCCACCAGCACUCCACCAUGAUUGGACGCCUCUGGCUCACCGUCAUGGUGAUCUUUCGCCUCCUCAUCAUUGCCGUGGCGACUGAGGACGUGUACGCCGACGAGCAGGAGAUGUUUGUGUGCAACACCCUGCAGCCGGGCUGCACCACAGUCUGCUAUGAUGCCUUCGCGCCCAUCUCACAGCCGCGCUUCUGGGUCUUCCACAUCAUCAGCGUCUCGACUCCGUGUCUCUGUUUUAUCAUAUAUACGUGGCAUAAUCUGUCCAAGCUGCCGCAGGGACACAGCGGGCAGGAGGCAUUGAACCGGAGCUGCGACUCGGAUAGCUGCUCCAUCCGUUCGCACCGGCACUUAGGUCACAGCUUGGCCAAUGUCUUGGAGGGAAUCGCUGCCCAGAGUGGAGGAGGAACCGGAGGCGUCCUCUCCAAGUACUACGUGUUCCAUGUGUGUUUCCGGGCGCUGCUGGAGGUGGGCUUUGUCAUGGCCCAGUGGUUUCUCUUCGGCUUCCGAGUGCCCGUCCACUUUUUGUGCAAGGCCCCACCCUGUACGCAGCCCGUGGACUGCUACGUGUCACGGCCCACAGAGAAAACCAUCUUCCUCCUCUUCAUGUUCUGCGUGGGGCUCUUCUGCAUCCUCCUCAACCUUCUGGAGCUUAAUCAUCUAGGAUGGAAGAAGAUCAGACACUCAGUGAGGCUCAGGGAGGGAGGAUCGUGGGGGAAUUAUGGGACUUUCUCUCCCGACAGCCCCUCACUGAUGUCGUCUCUCGGCCUUAGGGAUGUCACCAGUACGACGUUGCUACCGACCUUGGAUCUGGUAGUCGACCACCGGCCUGACUGGACCUGUGCUGGGAACUGUUCUCCAUUUAAUAAGGAGCCUGAUGCUGGUAUAGAGACAGGGCUGCAGCUUCCCAACAACCAGGAGCUCCAGAGAGGAGAGACACAUCUUAUGAAGAGCCAAGGGGAGGGCUGGAAGUCCAAGCUGCGCAGUACAGAGGUCUGGAUAUGA